AGCGAAAUUGGUGUGCAAUCGUUCUCCUCGCCAAGUCUUAUUGUUAGACUGAAUCGCGAAUGCGAAUGUUCGAUCUGACAAAUCUUGAAUAAUAUUUUAUUAAUAUAUUGUCAGUAAUAAAAAUUUUAUGAUGUCAAUGUCGAUUAAAAGAUCGAAUGCGAUCAAUUAAAUGCUUAGAAGAAAUCAAUAGAAUUAAUCGAAAUUAAGAUUAUCGAAUUUUUUAAGGGUUUUUUUUUUCAAAUUCCAUUUUAGAAUUAGACGGCAAUUGCGCUCGAUCUUUAAAGUGACGUACUGCGAGAGAGGGUGCCUCGGGUGCUUUUGAAUAAAUUGCUUUUAAUUUUUGUUUUUGUUUUUUUCCUUUUCAAGAUAUAUAUAUUUGGCAGAGACACGAACGACGCCGUGAUUAAUUAUUAAAGCGGGAGUUUCGAGAGGGGGAACGAAGAUAUGGUCCCUCGCGUUAUCGUGACUCGGCUGAAAUUCGUGCAACGCCAUUUUAUGUAUCGAUUCGAUGACGAAUUCAAACUGCACCGUUGUCUUCCGGUAACAUCCGCGAUCAACAUGGCCGUUUCGUGUAAAGGCCGGCAGUGGUGGAAGACGCCUCGUCCUUAAAGCAAUUCGGAACGCGGCGGGAAGGGAAUCGGCUUACUGUUCUCUCGUGAACGAGCGAGGGGAAGGCCCGGAGGAAGGCCGGCUGAGCGAGAGUAACCGCGAGAAGGCGCGAAGGGGCUGAAGAGGGGGUGAGAAGGCGGAGGAGAAGGAAGAAGAAGAGGAGGAAAGAAGGAGAAGCGAGAGAGGUUCCAGUGGUGCGAUAGGCAUAGGUCGUGUAAAGAAAUCGUCGUCGGGAAUCGUAGGAUCCGAGAGCGCGGGUCGAGAACCAACCGGAAUCGUGGAGGUAUUAUGCGUCGGCUCGGUAUGAAGAACAAGCAUAAAAAGUCCGAUACGGCGAGCGACAGCGGGUCGGAGGAAAAUGUCGGCGCACGCGCGGGCAGCGACAACGGUGAGACUCAGGCCGGCAGGAACAACAACAAUGCGCAAAAGUCCGCGACGAAGAGACGCUCGUCGCGCGGUGUAUCGUCGGUGCAAAAGUCGGCGGCGCACACGGACGACGACGCCGAGACGCCGGACGCCGGCGACCCCGCGGCGGUAGACUCGGAGAAGCGGGAAAACGGCGAGAAGAUGGCGGGGAAACCGCCUCCGAGUAAACGCAAGAGGAAGGAGGAUCAGCGAGCGUCCACCUCCGCCCGCGACCAAUCUGUCAACCUCGAGAACGAGUACGAGGUCGAGAAACUCAUGAAUAUUCGUACUAUUAAAGGCCGUCGACAGUUUUUGGUAAGGUGGUUCGGUUAUGGAGAAUCUGCAGACACUUGGGAAAAUGAGAAGGAUCUGAAUUGUCCUGAAUUGAUAGAAGAUUUUCUAGAAAAAGAAAAGGAAAAGGAAAUAAAAAUGACAAAAACAGAUAAAUCCAAAAAAUCCAAGAAUACUUCUAAGAAGCAAGCGGAAAAUGACGAGCAAAAUAGUAACGACAAGGAGACAAAGGAAUUUGAGGUCGAAAGAAUCAUUGAGGUACGCUUUAAGAAAAAUGGCAUGAAAGAAUUUCUAAUCAGAUGGAAAGGAUUUAGUGCAACCGACGACACUUGGGAGCCGGAGAAAAACCUGAAUUGCGCGGAACUCAUCUCAAAGUUUAUGCAAAAGGUGGAAAAGGCGAAGACUUCCGGAGUGCGGGAACUCAGAACGAAUCCGGCACAUACGAAACGAUAUACGUUGGCGACACGCGACCAUGGAAGAAGGUUAUCAAAACGCAAUAUAGACAAACAAAGAGCAACUUAUCACGAGUGCGACGAAUGAAGACUAUCGCAGUCCCAAUAUCUUUAUUUUAUUCAAAGAAUUUAUAUAUAUAUAAAUAUAUAUAUAUAAAUAUAUAUAUA